AUGGUUGCUCGGCCCGGCGAAGGCAGCGAGGGGCAGCCUCGUCCUCUUACCCCAUCCUCAAGGACCCCCGGGACCCCGAUCAAGCCGCGAUUAACCCGAGUCGGAACGAGUCCAACAAAGCGCGAAGAGAAACCGAAGGAUGACAAAGUACUGAAAUCGUCUGCGAGAGAUGUUGCGGAGCUCAAGGACUAUCAACUGGGCGACUGCCUUGGGAAAGGUGCAUUCGGUUCUGUGUAUCGGGCAUUAAACUGGAAUACUGGAGAGACGGUCGCCGUCAAGCAAAUCAAAUUGACUGAUCUCCCGAAGAGUGAAUUGCGUGUUAUCAUGCUUGAGAUUGACCUUCUGAAAAAUCUCGAUCACCCGAACAUUGUCAAGUAUCAUGGAUUCGUGAAAUCUGCUGAAACUCUGAACAUCAUUCUAGAGUAUUGUGAAAAUGGCUCGCUGCACUCCAUUGCAAAGAACUUUGGACGUUUCCCCGAGAACCUCGUGGGUGUUUAUAUGUCCCAGGUUCUCCAUGGUCUAUUCUAUCUACAUGAACAGGGUGUCAUUCACCGGGAUAUCAAAGGUGCGAACAUUCUGACCACAAAGGAAGGACUCGUCAAACUGGCAGAUUUCGGUGUGGCGAGUCGGACCACAGGCUUGAGUGAAUCGAGUGUGGUUGGGACACCGUACUGGAUGGCCCCCGAAGUCAUUGAGCUUUCAGGCGCAACAACUGCUUCCGAUAUCUGGAGUCUAGGAUGUACAGUCAUCGAGUUACUCGAGGGGAAGCCCCCUUACCACAACAUGCAGCCCAUGCCAGCAUUGUUCCGUAUCGUGAACGAUGACCACCCUCCGUUCUCGCAGGGUGCCUCGCCAGCAGUCAAAGAUUUCCUCAUGCAGUGUUUCCAGAAAGACCCCAACCUUCGAGUCUCAGCAAAGAAAUUGCUUAAGCAUCCGUGGAUACUCAAUGCAAGGAGAACCGAAUCAGUCAUCCCCAAGAAGUCGACGGAGUAUGAAGAGGCCGUUAAGAGUGUCCAAGAAUGGAAUGAGGCUCUACGAUCACCAGAGACAGGGACUUCGAAGAAGAAGCAGAGACCAGAUCACCCCAGUGUGGCUGGCGUAGCAUCUUCUCGCAAUAAUCCACUUGUCGAUACCCUGCCAUCGCCAACCUCCAUUAAAUCUACGGAUCGGUUUCGUUCGCCUGAGUUGGCCGGUGAUGACAACUGGGAUGAUGACUUUGCUACUGCGAUCUCUCCUAGUGCACUAAAGUUGCCGCAUCUGCGACCGCAUGAUAACUUUGGGGGCAUGCUCUCUUCGGAAAGACUCAAAGCGUUUGCCUCACUUGACGGAACUAUACUCAAAUCGGAUGAGGACUUUGAGGGUUUUGAAAACUCGGGAUUCUCGGACGAAGAUGAUCUGCAGACCAUUCGACCAUAUCCCAAAACCUCUGUAGCAGAGCCUUCCAAGUCUCAGAGCUCUGCACUAUCCCAGCUUCGUUCCAAUGCGCCUGUGUCGGCAUUGCAAAAUGUCCCGAUCCUCACGCAAAAUCCCAAGCCGAGACGCACUCGUACUCGCCCGACUAAUCUUUACAAAGAGAAUUCGGUCGAUGAUUACUCUGAUCUAAUCAUGGCUAAUGAGGAUGUACUUGAUCGAAAGCUUGGUAAUUAUCAGGAUUUCGAAGACGAUCCAUCAUCACCCAUUCAUGAGAACAUCGGAUACAACCAACUGGAUGACGAUCUUGGUGGCCCGCAUCCGCAACUGCGCAAGCAGCUUUCUGUGAAGCGAGACCGUUCUAGCAUCGAGAUUCAGCGGUUUGCAGAGAAUGAAAACGAUGAAGACUUCUCUGAUAUUCUUGGGGCCAGCCAAGCUGCUCUUGACCAGUGUGGGAGCGAUAAUGGCUCAGACCAGAGUACAUUGAUGCUGAACUCCAAACUGUCCAACUCAUGGCUCGGCGACCAAGAAGACGAAGAUGAUCCCUUUGCGCAAUUGGAGGAAGGCUUUGAUGAAGUCGAUCUGGAGGAAAACAUUGCACGGGACAAAUAUGCACGUCUUCGCAACCAAGUUGAGGGUCUUGUGGACUCUCUCAAGACAUCGCAGGAUGAAGACGUUCUCGCAGAGAUUUCUGAGCAACUGUUCACGAUCUUCUGUGAUCUCCCAGAGACCAAGAACAUCAUCAUCAGUGCUCACGGCAUGUUGCCCAUUCUCGAGAUUUUAGACACCACUCGCCGGCGUGAUAUUGUCUUCUGUCUUUUGAGGGUUGUCAACGCAAUCAUCUACGAUGACUAUGAGGUUCAAGAGAAUCUUUGCUUCGUGGGAGGAAUUCCUAUCAUCAAUGAAUUCGCAUCCAAGAAAUACCCCCGCGAAAUUCGACUUGAAGCUGCAGCUUUCGUGCAGCAGAUGUACCAGACUUCGACUCUGACUCUCCAGAUGUUUGUCAGUGCUGGAGGCUUGAAUGUCCUGGUUGAGUUCCUAGAGGACGACUAUGAAGAUGAACGCGAACUGGUCUUGAUUGGCGUAAAUGGAAUCUGGAGCGUCUUCGAGCUGCAGGGUUCCACUCCAAAGAACGACUUCUGUAGAAUUUUGUCACGCAACUCCGUCCUUGAUCCCUUGUCACUGGUUCUAAGCCGUGCUUUGGAUGAAGAUGGAGAGUUGACAGAAGUCAUCGAGGGCCGUAUUGCUAACAUCUUCUUCAUAUUCUCGCAGGCCGAGAAUCAUGUGAAGGAGAUGGUCUCUGAACGGACAGUCUUGCACAGAGUUUUGAAAGAACUGAAGCGAAUGAGCCCGGUUCACCAGAUCACGAUGUUGAAGUUCAUCAAAAAUUUGUCCAUGCUCUCGACUACUCUAGAUUCACUCCAAAAUUCCAACGCCAUUGAUGUCUUGACCGAUUUGCUUCGAUCAAACCUGAAGCAGGCACACUUCCGGGAGCUCUCGAACCAAAUUCUCAACACCAUUUACAACAUGUGCCGCUUGAACAAAUCUCGGCAAGAAGAUGCCGCCCUCAACGGCAUUGUACCGCUUCUGCAAAAGAUAGUACUUACGGAGCGGCCGUUGAAGGAGUUUGCCCUACCAAUUCUCUGCGACAUGGCACAAUCCGGCAAAGUUGGUCGCCGGGAGCUAUGGCGCAACAAGGGCUUGGGCUUCUAUAUCUCUUUGCUCUUGGAUCCAUAUUGGCAAGUCACUGCCUUGGAUGCUAUUUUCACAUGGCUUCAAGAAGAAACCGCCAAAGUUGAAGAGCAUCUACUCGAUGGUGUCUUCGAGAGUGAUACGUUCGAGGGCCCUGUCACGUUCACCGGUGCCAUUGCGCAAUGUUUGAAGCUUUCCAAAGCCAACGCGUUCGAAAACACUCUCGAGCCUCUGCAGAAGCUUUUGCGCCUCAGUCCGCAUGUUGCAGCCACGUUCGCACGGCCUGACAUCCUGCAGAGACUGAGACAAAAACUGCACCACUCCAAAGCCGCUGUCCGGCUCAACCUUCUUCGCAUAAUAGCCAGCAUCUGUGAUGCUAGCGAGGAGCAGGGCGGCCUCCUCGCAACUUAUGGUCUUCUAGACACUAUUCGAAACAUGGAGAACGAUACUGCAAUCCUUGUCCGAGACAUGGCAGGCAAGCUAGUGCGGUCCAGCGAGGCAUAUGGUUCCAGCAAACGACGGCCAGGAACCCGGCGACAAAGCACAUGUCCUACCCCGCCCGUCAUCUUUGCAGCGACCUCCACCCCAUCCACGCCCGGCUCCAGUCGUACCGGCCAGUCGAGGGGGUAUCUGGAAGGACGGGAAACCCCGCGGCAUUCGCGAAACUCCCUUAGUGUUUCGUCUCUGGGUAUGAGGCCUGGUAGUCGUGAUGGCAGCAACCCCGUUCUGAGUGCUGCGUCGAAUGGAAGCAGUGCGUCAGCUGCCAGGCCAAGGUCUGCUCGGCCACUCUCCAGUAGAAUGUCUCAUGUGGGGAUGCUACGGGAGGAAGACGACUCGACUCCUAGCUUGAGUCGUCGGCCUUCGAUCAUCCCUCGUCGACGUCGCCCCACACUUGCAGAUAAUGAAUGGGCAUGA